AUGAUGCUCGAACCAAAAUGGUCACGUCAUCCAUUAAAACGCUUGACAAGUUAUCAAUCGAUGAGUUCAGAACGAUUGAAAAAUGAACGUGUCUCUGGCGCUGAUUUAGUGAAUUUUAAUGAAGAUGAUUAUAAAAAUUGUUCUAUUACAUAUGGAGAAAAGAAAAAGCUUCAACUUCUCAUCGAACAAAAACAAACCAAUUUGAAUCCUCAGCUGAUUGCGCCAACUUCUAAUGUAUCUGAUUCAGCACAAAUGCAAAGUGAAAUAAAUCGCUUGAAAGCCAUUAUACAGGAACAAGAACAACAGAUUCAAGAUAAAAAUGCAUCUAUUCAACAGCUUGAAGAUAUUGCCGAAAAACAAGAACAACAAACACAGUUACAAGAUGCAAUAAUAAAACAAUUACAAGAGACACUUAAAACACAGAGUGAAGAAAUGCAGGUGUUGAUAGACUUGUCACAGGAACAUCGUUCUCUUGUUCUAUCUUCACAAAAUUCCUCUUCCAAAUAG